AUUUUACUGGAAGUCCCUAUCACCUUGGAUUCCAAAUUGGGCGGCCCACCACCUUCCAAAACCCGAUCCAAAUUCACAACCCGCCACAACGCCACUACCGCCAAAUCCAUUCGUCCGCGUGCAGCUCUUUGCAGUGUCGACGGACGCUUCCGGGGCCACACACAGAGUUGGUGAUGAGCAGGAGGGAGAGAAAAUGUUGAAGUCGAUGCUUGGUUGCUGCAAGGUUUACAUAUCCGAAAGCAGAAACAGGGCAGCACUGGAAUCAAUCGAACGGGCUGCUAAGCUUUUCUUGGAAGCACCGAUUGUGAAUAAGUUCGAAGAUGAAACGUACAACAGAGUUGGUUACACACUUGUCUCUAAGUUGGCUCCAAAGCCGUCUGUCGAUCCUUGUCCUUUGAAGAUGGCAGCGCUUGCCAUGGUCAAGGCUGCUUUCGAAACAAUUGAUCUCGAGUCACAUUGUGGAAGUCAUCCGCGGCUAGGAGUUGUGGAUCAUAUAUGCUUUCAUCCCCUUCUCGGUGCUUCUUUGGAGCAAGUGGCUGGUGUUGCAAACUCUUUGGCUGCAGAAGUUGGCUCUAGUCUUCAAGUCCCUACUUUUCUCUAUGGAGCUGCCCACGAAGAGGGAAGAACGCUUGAUUCAGUCAGAAGAGAGUUAGGUUAUUUCAAGCCGAAUUCUAGCGGAGAACAAUGGGUUGGGGGACCGAAAUCAGAUUACUUGGCGCUGAAGCCGGACAAGGGUCCCGCUCAAGUGACUCAAGGAAGGGGUGUCAUUGUGAUUGGAGCAACCCGGUGGGUUGAUAACUAUAAUGUCCCGGUCAUCUCUACUGAUAUUGCUGCUGUUCGUAGAAUUGCAAAACGAGUGAGUGGCAGGGGAGGCGGACUUGCUUCGGUCCAAGCCAUGGCACUUGCGCACGGUGAAUCCAUCAUCGAAGUCGCUUGCAAUUUGUUGGAACCAGAGAAGGUGGGAGGAGAUAAGGUUCAACUUGAAGUUGAGAGGCUUGCAAGGGAAGAGGGUAUGAGAGUUGGGAAAGGCUACUUCACUGAUUUUUCUCAGGAAAGAUUAAUUGAAAGUUACUUGAAGUCGGAUUUCAGUACAAACAAAAUGUGUUUCUAGAUUGUAAAAGCACUUUUAAUGUGCACUAGGACACAUAUUACUCCUAAAAAAAGUGCUUCUAGCAUUUUUUUUUUUUUGUCUAGAAGCACUCUUAAACAAGCUCCUAGUCACUGUCAAUUACUUACAUCCCGUGAUGAGACUUAUAACUUGUUUGGUUGA